UUUCAAUUAAUAUUUUAAAGUGCAAAAUGAACUCAUUCGAGGUAAUAAUUUUUGUUUGUGCAACAUUCAUUUCCGUCACUGGAGUCCUUGGUGGAGAUCUUGAUUGUCCUCAAAUAUGUCCCGACCUACUGGAUCCAGUUUGUGGAACAGAUGGAAAUGAAUAUGCGAAGUUUGACAAUCAUUGUGAACUGAAUAUGUUUAAUUGUAAACGUCAGCGUUCUACUCUUUCUACGUACAGGAAUAUCGAUAUGGAUUGGUGUACAACUACUGAAUUAGAAGGAGGUUUAGAUUCACUUAGCAAGAAUUUGAAAGAAUUUGACACGCAGUGCAUGAAACCAUGUCCAAUGUUGUUGCGACCAAUUUGUGCUUCAAAUGGAAUAAACAGAGUGACUUUUAGUAACGACUGUGAAAUGGAAAUGUUUAACUGCUUCCAAAGGGCACAAAGGAAAGAAGUUUUAGGCUGGAGACUAUUGAGGAAUAGCAGUUGCUAAUAAUAAUAAAAGUUUCGGGAUUUCUUA